GCGCUUGCAUUUCGAAAGCGCACGUCCGAGCGAACGUCAAGAUCGUGGUUUCGCGAAGGAGGGACGCGGAGGUGGCAUUAUUACGUUCGCGAACGACGGUGAUGACUCUCAGUCGGCCGUGAGUCGUGAAGCGAGCGUGAGGUUGCGGGAGUCGCGAUCGAUUCCGAGAAACGUUCAUGUAUGUACCUCGUCCAUGGCUGUUCGUUUUCGGCCGGAAUAAACAUCGUGUCUUUGAGAGCGAUGUGGAUGGACGAGAAGAGUGAUCGAUCAUCGCGGUAAGAAAAGAUUCCAGACGGUAGUGUCGACCCACGUGACUAUCCAAGUGUCGCGCAAAGCUGUCACUUUUUGAGAUACGAGACUCGAACAAGAUCCUGCAUCAGUGUUACAGGAGCGAAGAAAGAGAGAGAGAGAGAGAGAGAGAGAGAGAGUUACGAUCGAUGUUCACGUGACAAUCAACAACGCGGCGUGAAGUUGUCGCGAAAGGGUGCGCGGACAACGGCCAUAUUCAAGGCGAGCCAUCGUCUCGCCCCGGGUCGAAGAGACGCACAGGAUCGGGAAAAAACAGUCCCGCGGCCAUCCACCGAGACGAAGCAACGCGCGCGAGACGCAUACGCGACGACGAAGGGGACGAGGGCGUGAAGGAACGAGGAAACGCGGUCGAUCCGAGGUGACAACGCAACGACCCCAUCGCCGAGAUGGAGUUCAAGUUCAACGUAAAUAAACUCUUGCCUAGAAAAAUCAACAAGGUCACGCAUAACUUGGUGCCGGAAGACUUCAAAGGUGAUCGGCGCGAGUUGAACGAAUGUCAAAGACUAUUAAGCAGAAUAUUGGAUGAUAUGGGUGAGGCAUCGGCGAGGGCUCAAGGACUCAACAAGCCCAUUACCAGCGCCCUUAAACUUCGAGACACAGAUCAUACGAUUUAUCUGCUCGUAGAUAAUGAAGCAAACAAUGGAUUGGGUAGCGUAGUGGGUUUAUUGAAGACGGGAUCGAAGAAUCUCUUUCUGUUCGACGAGAUGGGAGAGCAUUAUCAACUACAGGCGAGAUGCAUCUUAGACUUUUACGUGCACGAAUCACGGCAACGUAUGGGCCUGGGAAAUAUUCUCUAUCAGCACAUGUUAUCUGAGGAGAACAUUAGGCCAGUAAAAUUAGCCAUUGAUCGACCAUCGGAAAAAUUCUUAGCCUUCCUACGCAAAUAUUACGGACUCUCGAAGAUUAUUCCACAGAACAACAAAUUCGUCGUUUUUGAAGGAUUCUUCGAUGACGAGAGCCGAGAUGUGAAGAACAACAGAUAUAGUUUACCUCCCAGAACGAGCGUGGACGACGGAACGCCUGGCAAUAAUAAUAAUAACGGGAAGAAUGAUGCUAGUCUCAACGGAAUCCCGUACGUAACGUCCGUUUCGCGUAGCUCAUUCGGUAGAUACGCCGCGGCACGACCGCCCUGUUCCAUGGCAAACAUAAUCCAUAACACAGCGAUGCUUGGUCAAUCAACCGAGCGUACCGGCAGUAACGAUAACGGUAGAGCAUCGCCGCCUCCGCCGUUGAAGCUGGAACGACCGCGUUCUUUAAGCAUCUAUUCCGAAGAGGAACAGAAGCAACGUAGCCUCGAGAUGAACACCGUCCCGACGCCGAUCGUGCCGGAUAAUCAAAUGAAGCCCUUCGUUCCUAUCUUAUUAGAAGCCGAAAAAACAGAGAAAAAUGUAAAGCCAUCGCCGUCAUGCGGUCAAGAAGUGACUACCGGUACCAAUCAACACGGACAUCUGGAUCUCAAAUUUUACCAUUCACCCUUAUGGUGAAGCGAUCUAACUGAUAUAUAAUUAUCUUUUUCGCUUCCUCUCCUCUUUGGAAGAGGAACUCGUUUUAUAAAUCGAAUUGGUUCGACUUGGGUUAGUACCCUAAUUCCGGAUAACUCGACAGAUUUUCCUUUAUCUGUAUACGUUAUGUAUUUUAAGUAGAAUUACACAAUCUAGUCAGAAGGAAAGUUGUAAUCGCUCACUCAGGAUUAAGACAUUGCGAUCUGUAAGCAUACAUUAAUAAAUUUCAAGUCUAUUUUUUAUGUUUCUAAAUUAUACUAGCAAAAUAUUUCUCAUUUAAUUCUGGGAUAAACUGCAACGCUAGUAAAGACGGAAUAUUUCUGAUAUGAAAAUAAAACAGAUAUCAAAAUUUAUGUUAUUUAAUUAAGUUGAGACAAUAAAUAAAAAUAAACCCGUCUUAUGAGUCCUAUUUCAAAGAAUAAGAAGUCAUUUUUAUAAAAAUAUCCGCUCAUCAUUUUCAAUAUUCAUCUUUUUAUCAUAUAAAUAUAUAUUCAUUAUAUGGCAAAUGAUCUACAUAUUCAUACAUCCAUUCAAGAAAUGAAUAAAUAUAUAUAAGAAUGAAAAGUAAAAAGUCUAUGACGAUGAAUAUCAAUCAAUUAUAUUUGAAACAUUGUUUACUCUCGUAAAUAUAAAACGAUAUUACGAAAAGUUCUAAAUUAUCUUGUUUGAAGGACUCAUGUAACAAUACAUAGUAAAGUUUUAAGGCUCUUGCCAGGUAGACAAUAGUUAUCGUGGAUUUUUUUAAAUUGAAAUUAAAUUAAAUUGAUUUUUUUCUUGAAUGUAGACUAUAGAAAGUUAAGAAAUAUAUACGAUAUAAAUAUAUCUGUAUAUUAUGCAUUAAAGAAAGAUUUAUGUCACAUUUAUUCUUCAUAUGUAAUGAUCUAUUUAUGUCAGAUGUUCAUAUUUAUAUAUUUAAUGAUAUAAUUUUAGUAUAUGCCAAGGGAAAAUGUUUCGGCAAAAAGAGAAUUAUAGAAAAUGAGAAGAAGGUCGAAAAAUUUGUGAUUAUUUGCAUAGAUAUUAUUAUGCAAGAUAUCUCAGAACUCGCAAAAAAUUAAUACGUUAUUCCUUAUGAAAUGGCUUAUGAAUGGCAUUCUGUUAUUUUUAUAUGUCUCAAUCCUGAGACAUAUAAUUAAUGUUGAUUAUUUAUUUAUUUAUAUGUAAUGGGGAAGAAAUAAAGAGCAUACAGUAUUUUGCUUCAAAUUUGAGGACCGAUUGAUAUUCAUUAUAGAGGUAUUAUGUAUAUGCACACAUGUAAUGCAUACACAUACAUAUGUAGAAAGAACCGCUUGUAUAUGCGUAUAUCUAUCUUCAGAUUCAUAUAAACACCCUAGAAGAACGCAUGAUGAAAUUAGUUUAGAUAUUAUAAUCGAUAGAUAUUAGAAUUGGCACAAACACAUAUAUAUAAGUACAUACUAUAAAUAUAUACUAUAUAUAAGUAGAAUGGAAAGAAACAGGGCCAUAAUACAUAUAAUUCAUUAGCAAAAAUUCAUAUUAUCAAUUAAAGACUGUUUAUGUGAAAUUAUACCAAAACGCACAGUGUAUCAUGGAUAGGUAAAGGCAUUCACAUUACCAUUUCAGGAUGUAUAAUCCAAAUAAAGGGACAUUCUGCAGAGAUUAUAAGGACUACUAUUAAAGAAAUGAAGCAAUAUCAUUGAUCUGAUAUAUAUCGACAAAUUAUUUAAGCUAUUAUAAUUAGUUGAGCUAUCACUAUUAUAUAGUAUUGUAACUUGCAAAUUGUUAUUCUUACAUGAAUAUAUAAUGUAAUGUAAUUAUUAAUGUGCAAGGAUACAAUAAGCUUGGAAAAAAAUUCGAUAUUUAUAUUUGUCAUCCCAAUUACACAAGAAUUUUAUAUAAUCCAUAGAGAGAUCUAUAUAUGACAUGCUUAUGAAGAGAGGAGACAUCUAGAAUAACAGAUAAAUGCAAAAUGAGGAUAUGUGUUUUGUUUUCAAGUAAGAAAAGAAAAUAAAGAAGAUAAGGAUGAAGAAA